AUGCGCAGCGCAACGUCACUUUUGCUGUUGAGUAAUAUUUUGCAGGAUAAUACCAAAGAUGACAAAGAAAAGAAGAAGCAGACUGAAAAGAAAAAGAAGGAUGAGGUGGAAGAGAAGAAGGAAGAGAAAAAUAAGGACGAUGGUGAAGAAGAGAGCAGUGACAGUAGCUGUGAUGGCAGUGAGUACGAAGUGGAAGCCAUUGUGGAUGCCAGGACGAAGCGGAACGCCAAAACGGAGUAUCUGGUGAAAUGGAAAGGAUGGUCAUCCCAUCACAAUUCCUGGGUCGACGAAGAGGAUAUUUACUGCGAAAACCUCAUUGAAGACUUUCUCAAAAAUCGGAAAGAGGAUAAUACCAAAGAUGACAAAGAAAAGAAGAAGCAGACUGAAAAGAAAAAGAAGGAUGAGGUGGAAGAGAAGAAGGAAGAGAAAAAUAAGGACGAUGGUGAAGAAGAGAGCAGUGACAGUAGCUGUGAUGGCAGUGAGUACGAAGUGGAAGCCAUUGUGGAUGCCAGGACGAAGCGGAACGCCAAAACGGAGUAUCUGGUGAAAUGGAAAGGAUGGUCAUCCCAUCACAAUUCCUGGGUCGACGAAGAGGAUAUUUACUGCGAAAACCUCAUUGAAGACUUUCUCAAAAAUCGGAAAGAGGAUAAUACCAAAGAUGACAAAGAAAAGAAGAAGCAGACUGAAAAGAAAAAGAAGGAUGAGGUGGAAGAGAAGAAGGAAGAGAAAAAUAAGGACGAUGGUGAAGAAGAGAGCAGUGACAGUAGCUGUGAUGGCAGUGAGUACGAAGUGGAAGCCAUUGUGGAUGCCAGGACGAAGCGGAACGCCAAAACGGAGUAUCUGGUGAAAUGGAAAGGAUGGUCAUCCCAUCACAAUUCCUGGGUCGACGAAGAGGAUAUUUACUGCGAAAACCUCAUUGAAGACUUUCUCAAAAAUCGGAAAGAGGCAAGUUCAUGACAUUUUCUUAACUGCUCCUAAUAGUUUUCACUUGUUCACUUUGAAUAAAUUAUUGUCAAAAUCCCUCUUUUGUAUCUUUAAGAGUUUAAUUUCUCCACCAUCUUCCACAUAACUCUCACUAUUCAUUUACUACUAGCAGGUAACCCGGCUCUAAUUAAAAACUGAAAACCUGACCCACUGAAACUUU